AUGGCCUCGCUCAUUGUGGUGACCGAGUACGACGCGACGGGGAGCGCGAGCGAGGAGGAGGAGAUGAACGCACCCGGUGGCGAGGGUUUUGGGGACGGCCGGGAGCCGAGGGCGAAGUUGCACCUCUCUGGCCGAAAGCUCUCCCUGCAGGAGCGGUCGCAGCCUGCCCGCUCGCCCGGGAAUGGCGACGGUGCCAACGAACGCUUCAUCUACCCAUCCCUCCCUUACUCUCCGGUGACGUCCCCACACUCCUCCCCACGGCUGCCGCGGCGGCCGACGGUGGAGUCGAACCGUGUGUCCAUCACGGGACUCCAGGACUGUGUGCAGCUCAACCAGUACAAGCUGAAGGACGAGAUCGGGAAGGGCUCCUACGGGGUGGUGAAGCUGGCCUACAAUGAGGAUGAUAACACCUACUAUGCAAUGAAGGUUCUCUCCAAAAAGAAGCUGAUGAGACAGGCGGGCUUCCCCCGCCGCCCGCCGCCCCGCGGGGCCAAAGCUGCCUCCGAGGGCUGCCUGCAGCCCAAAGGGCCCAUAGAACAGGUCUACCAAGAGAUCGCCAUCCUGAAGAAGCUGGACCACCCCAAUGUGGUGAAGCUGGUGGAGGUCCUGGAUGACCCCAGCGAGGACCACCUGUACAUGGUGUUUGAACUGGUGAAGCAGGGCCCCGUGAUGGAAAUCCCAACCCUGAAACCUCUCAGCGAGGACCAGGCUCGGUUCUACUUCCAGGAUCUGAUCAAGGGCAUUGAAUACUUGCACUAUCAAAAGAUAAUCCACCGGGAUAUUAAACCUUCCAACCUCCUCGUGGGGGAAGACGGGCACGUCAAGAUCGCCGACUUCGGAGUGAGCAACGAGUUCAAGGGAGCCGAUGCCCUCUUAACCAACACAGUGGGCACCCCCGCCUUCAUGGCCCCCGAGACGCUCUCAGAAACCAGGAAAAUCUUCUCCGGAAAGGCUUUGGAUGUCUGGGCCAUGGGGAUCACGCUGUACUGCUUCGUGUUUGGGCAGUGCCCUUUUAUGGAUGAAAGGAUCCUGAGUUUACACAAUAAAAUCAAGACCCAAACGUUGGAGUUCCCAGACCAGCCAGAAGUUACAGACUUCUUGAAGGAUUUGAUUACACGGAUGCUGGAUAAAAAUCCCGAAUCUAGGAUUUCAGUCCCAGAAAUCAAGGAAAGUACUGUGCAACAGCCUUUCGCAGGAGAUUUCUGGUCCUCCGCCCCUGCGGGAGCCUGGAAGGGGCGAGAAGCUGAGAAAAUGGAGACUAAGUUGCACCCUUGGGUCACCAAGAACGGAGCGGAGCUGCUGCCCACAGAGGAUGAGAACUGCACCCUCAUCGAGGUGACAGAGGAGGAGGUGGAGAAUUCGGUCAAGCACAUCCCCAGCCUGGCCACCGUGAUCUUGGUUAAAACGAUGAUCCGGAAGCGAUCCUUUGGGAACCCGUUCGAGGGGAGCAGGAGGGAGGAGCGGUCAUUGUCUGCCCCUGGGAACCUGCUGCCGAAACAAGGCAGUGAAGAUAAUCUGAAAUGCAACGACUUGCCCAACGUGGGAGAGGAGGAACUUCUUUCAUGAACAUCGACUUUAUGGUUCUGUUGAGCAACUUGAUCCGGGGCACAUUAUUAAAGUGUGCAGCUGAGGAUGAGCGACAUUAACAGAGCCUACACCAAACACAGCAUGACAUGGCGCUAUUUCAGUAUAAUGCUGGAUGUAGAGCUUACAUAGCAGCAUGUUAUAAGACAUCCGACUACUUGUCAUAAACAUUGAACAUCUCCAAUCGCUUGGACUGCUGACUUCUUGUGAGAAAGGCACUGGCUGAUGGCAGAGAGGUGAGCUAUCGUGUUGAGCAGCAGCAGUGCUUUGCAAAAAAAAAAAAAAAAAGGCAGUCAAAAACAAAAAUGCAUUUGGAACUGCUUUUACCUGGUUUUAAUGCCAAAUAAUUUCCGGGGGCUAACGCCAGCGUCCCAGGGAUAUUGUAUGCCCAUCGCGUAGUCAGUGGGCACACGCAGAAGGGUGAAGCUUUUGCCAAGUGGCAUACACAAGAGUAAAACUACACGUGCACACUUUGAGAGUUCACGACCUGCCGGAAAUGUUGUUGCAUCUAUUUCUCGUCGUUCUGGUUUGUUUUUAAUUGACACCUUUUUAACUGCAUGGGAACAAAGCAAAAACCCACCUUUUCAGCUUUUUAAAGAAUGCCUACCUUUGUGAGCCAAGUUGUAUUAAACAGCAUCUUCGGGAUGUUGAGAAAGUGAGGUUAAUUACCUCCUAAGGUCUUGGUGUGACUAGGACUUGGUAAGUUGAGUAUUCAGCGUAUGAAAGGAAAAGGUAUUUAAGGGCUUAAGUUCAGUCUGAACUAAUUUUGCUGCAGACAUAUGAGUGAAAGGUGGUGUUUAGCUGAAUGUUUGUUUUGAACAGCAGAGGAAGCACUAACAACAGUUUGUUUCUAAAUCUUUUACUUGAUCUAGGUAGUUAUAUUAUUAAAUAUAAAAUUCAGGGUAAAAUCCUUCACUUCCAUGUACAUUACAUGGUUUACUACAAUUAAAAAUAAUACAACAUGCUAUUUUUUAAGUAUAGACUUAGGGCUUGCUUAGAAUUUAAGAUCUUAUUGAAAUACUUGGAUUAGCUAGUAAUUUUCAAAGAAACUUUUGUUUUCCAAACUCUUAAUCUGGAUUUUGGGGCCAAUGCUAUGUAUUUUUUGCAAGUUCGUUACCAGUAAUUCGUGAAUGCCUGUGGAUCAGAGGCUUGUUAGUAAACUAAGUGUAUACCUAAUUCAUGGAUUGUUUCUUAUGAAGAGCUCUUUCACCUUCAGUCAGAUUACUCUGAUUAUUUUGUGGUGCUUGUAAAAAAAUAAUAAUCUAUCGCGUAGUGGGAGAGCUUCUGAUGUCCAGACUCACUUUCCUAAGUUCUCUGUGCUCGGACAAAGCUGGAGAAUGGCGGAUUGUGGGUGAGCUGGAGAAGAGUCAGGGUUUGCUUGAGGAAAGGGGUCACGGCGAGUGCAGUUGUUUUGUGGAUGGAGCUUGGGAGUGGGGGGGAAAGGUCUGACGACUUCUCAGUCUGAUGUGGUUGUGAGACCGUGAAUAAGGCAUUUAAAAUGAUGGUGUACCUGAAAGAGGGGGAGGAUUCGAAUGUUCCAAGCAUGUAAGGGACUGCUAAGGCAUAAUUCUUUGCCCUGAGGAGGAAGGCACUAGGAGAGACCCAAGUUAUUUUGCUUAAUGAUAAUCUCUGCCUGCUAACCCUGGCCACGGGUGCCCUGCCUUUUGGAAGUGACCGUCCCCUUGUCUUCCUUGAUCUUGAGCACCACAAGCAGCAGCACGCUGAGGUCCUUGGCCCCGCUGCAGUUGGACCUGGCCCGGUAAUUUCUGGUUAGGACAGGUCUUUGUUAAAGCCAGCGUAGCAUUAGCAAGUGUGCAGGUGCCUACACAAACUGUCCCUUACAUCUUUUGAUCACUCGAAGCAACGUUCCCCCUAAAUCGCAAUUUAUUACUGAAAGAUUGUGCUGCUGGCCUCUCUCCAAAGCCAGUGACGAUGGUUUGUGGUUUAGGAGCAGUACUACGGAGUUUGGAGCCAUAAGACACGCACUGUUCUCCUCCCAUUUUAGUCCGAGGCUAUGCCAAAGCCCUGCAGCUUCAGCUAUGGGAAAACCAAACAGGUAACUUGAGUGCCAGCACUACUACAGCCGCCUGCUCCCCCCAUUCCUAAAUUUUCAUUGCGGAAAUGCAUGUGAGCAGGCAGCUUCGUUCUCUACCCUUGUAAAUGGACUUGUUCUGCCAAAAAAA